AUGGAGCAGGAUGGCGUGUGUGAAGAGCAGGAGGGUGAGACUGGUGGUGAGGUGACUGGUGUGUGUGGAGAGCAGGGAGGGAAAGGUGCGGUGGUGGCAGGUGGAGGGGAGGUGAGUGUGGAGGAGCAUGUGGUGGCUCCUAUGGAGGAGCCUGUGGUGGCUCCUGUGGGGGAGUCUGUGGUGGCUCCUGUGGGGGAGUCUGUGGUGGUUCAUGUGGAGGAGAAAGGCGAGGGAGAGUCACCUUGCGCUCUGGACUCCGUUCUCAGCAUCGCCAGCGUUCUGUUGAUCCAAGACGGGCAACCUGACUCGGAUCCCUUUGUGUCCUGCUCCUACGUUUCCUGUGUUCAAUCAUUAGCUUCAGUCAACUGCAAGUCAGUUAUCAUCCAGGAUGAGGUUUACGUCAUUGUGGCUCAGCUCUUUGGUGGUUCCCACAUCUACAAGUUUGACGACGACCAAAGCAGGUUCAACAAGUUCCAGGACACUGAAGUGUCCAAGAUCUCCAAACCCAACGACAUUGAGGCUUUUCAGAUCGGAUCAGACUGGUUCUUUGUCAUCGCUGACAGCUCCAAAGCUGGCUUGUCAACCCUGUACAAGUGGAACGACAACGGCUUUUACUCACACCAGUCCCUGCACGAGUGGUUCCGCGACACAGACGCGGAGUUCCUGAACUUAGACGGAAAGGCUCAUCUAAUCCUGGCGAGUCGCUCGCAGGUUCCAGUGAUCUACCAGUGGAGCCGGAGCAACCAGAAGUUCAUCCUACAAGGUGAUAUCCCCAACAUGGAGGACGUUGUUGCUGUGAAACACUUCCGGAUCAAGGAGGAGCUCUACCUUGCCAUGACCCGCUACAUUGGUGACUCCAAGGUCCUAAGAUGGGGACCCAAACAGUUUGCAGAGAUCCAGGCGGUACCGUCCCGAGGCUCUAUGAUCCUGCAGCCGUUCUCCUUCAAGGAGCGCUACUACCUGGCUCUGGGAAGUGACUAUACGUUCUCGCAGAUCUACCUGUGGGACGAUGACCAGAAAGUCUUCGACCGCUUCAAGGAGGUGUACAUCCAGGCACCGCGCUCAUUCACCGUGGUCUCCACCGACCGCAGGGACUUUAUAUUUUCCUCAAGCUUCAAGGGGAACACGCAGAUCUUUGAGCACGUCAUUAUUGACCUGACCUUGUGAGGGGCCGUUCCUUGUUGCCCCUCCUACAAUCAAAUGUCUUCCAUUCAAAAAGAUACACGACUGAAACAAAGGAAAACGACUUUAUACAUUCAAAUAAAUGCAUAGUCAUGAUGUUAGAGCUUGGUGAGGCAUUGGCUUGACUUGAUGCCCAUCUCGAUAGAACCAUGAGCUAAAAUAACUCCAACAACCUUUACAUUUGCUGUCAUUUUUGCCAACUGGGGACAAUGUCGACACGUUUGCCUCUUUCUUCAUGUCCUCCUAGCCUGUGACAGCGUAGUAGUUCAGUGCUCUGACGGGCUCACAGUGCCUCCUCCUGGCUGUGAUGAAGUAUCACACCCCUUUUUUUCCUUACAGGGAAUGUCUCUAAAGCACAAACCUUUAACUAUCAUAGCUGAGAUCUUAGAAUGUAGCUGUUUAGUGGAAAUGGUACUGUAGGUGCUAUUGACUGUAAUAUACAUCGCGAGUUAAUUGAAAACGAUAAUAAAUGGUUGUUUGGAGAAGUAAAAUAUUACGUUAAGUCCACCUCAGAUAAAAUUACCUGGAUGGAGAGUUAUCAUCUUGUUCCAGCUUCAGAUGAGAGGAGUUUUUUUUGUGCCGAUCAGGUAAAUUAACCAUAUUUUCAAGUCUGAAUAAUAAUAAAAAGAAUUGCUCUUUGGUUUGUAAAAUGACAUUUUUGAAGCAUCUAUAAGAAAAAAAAUAUGUAAAUACUAUCCACUGAAACGUAGAGCCUUUCCUUGUUCUUAGAAAAAAAAACUUGAAUGUUGACCUCUUACCAAGUGUACAUACGAUCAGGAUUGCAAUGCCACUACCUGUUCUUAACAGUACUUUGCACUUACUAACAAAAGUCAGUUGUUACUGCAGCCUGCAACAGCAUGACAUGAAAAAAAGGUGAAUUUAUUUUUGGAGAAACCUGGCGAACUUUUUAAGUGCUUUCAAUAUUGAUAAAUGGCAUCGCAAAUAAAAUAAAAUAAAAUAUGCAAGCUUUCUAAUUCUUUUGUAAGAUCAAGUUUAAAGCUUACUGAAUGUUCAUGUUACAAACUGCUGUACAUUCAUCCAAUCGAGAAUCGAAAUAAACGUGAAAAAGCGUAAA